AACCUGUCAUCAAUUUCGCCUCUCUCUCUCUCUCUCUCUCUCUACCCCCGCUUCUAUUACUCCUGCUUGUUCCCCGUUCUCGAUCGAACCAACGCUGUACGUUCGAUCAUUAAUUGCUCUACUCUUCGAUCUCUACAAUUUCCCCGCUUUUUUGGGGUUACCCCACACUGCUCAACUUGUUGAUGGCACAAGAUAGCUCUAACGCUGAAUCGCCACGGCGAAAGACGGGUCUUCUAAGAGAUCAGGUCCAGUUGGUGAAGAGAAAGGACUGCGACCGUUACGAAAUCGUCCCGAUUCAAGAUCCGCUAUCUUUCGAGAAAGGCUUCUUUAUAGUCAUUCGUGCUUGCCAGUUACUGGCGCAAAAAAACGAUGGGAUAAUUGUGGUCGGGAUCGCAGGUCCCUCUGGGGCCGGAAAGACUGUGUUUACUGAGAAGGUGCUCAACUUCAUGCCUAGCAUUGCCCUCAUAUCGAUGGACAAUUACAAUGAUUCCAGUCGAAUUAUUGAUGGCAACUUUGAUGACCCACGCCUGACUGACUAUGACACUUUGUUGGAAAAUAUUCAUGGUCUAAAAGAAGGGAAAUCGGUUGAAGUGCCAAUUUACGACUACAAGUUGAGCUGCCGCACCGGAUACAGAACAGUAGAUGUCCCUAGCUCCCGAAUCGUAAUUAUUGAAGGAAUCUAUGCUUUGAGCGAGAAGUUGCGAUCUCUACUUGACCUGCGUGUUUCUGUGACGGGCGGCGUGCAUUUCGACCUGGUGAAGAGGGUUUUAAGGGACAUACAACGUGCUGGCCAAGAACCUGAAGAAAUAAUUCAUCAAAUCUCUGAGACGGUUUAUCCAAUGUACAAAGCCUUCAUUGAGCCAGAUCUCCAAACAGCACAUAUAAAAAUCAUCAACAAGUUCAAUCCAUUCUCCGGCUUCCAGAAUCCCACAUACAUUCUGAAGUCACCAAAGCCCAUUACACCUGAUCAAAUCAAGGCCGCUAUAUCUCCAGAACAUACAGAAAGCACGGAGGAGACUUACGAUAUAUAUCUACUUCCACCAGGUGAAGAUCCAGAGGCAUGCCAAUCAUAUUUGAGGAUGCGAAACAGAGACGGAAAAUACAAUCUUAUGUUUGAGGAAUGGGUGACGGACAAUCCCUUCAUCAUAUCGCCGAGAAUUACUUUUGAAGUUAGCGUCCGUCUUCUUGGUGGGCUGAUGGCCUUGGGGUACAGCAUAGCAGCUAUUCUUAAAAGAAGCAGCCACGUAUUUGCUGAUAGCAGGGUAAUUGUUAAAAUUGAUAGGUUAGAACAACUUAACCGUCGCUACAUCCAGGUGCAAGGAAGAGACCGCCUUUAUGUCAAGUAUAUCGCAGAACAGUUGGGCUUGGAAGGUUCUUAUAUUCCUCGCACGUACAUCGAGCAGAUUCAACUGGAAAAACUUGUAAAUGAUGUGAUGGCAUUGCCAGAUGAUUUGAAGACGAAGCUCAGUAUAGACGAUGAUUUGGCUUCUAGUCCGAAGGAGGCACUUUCGCGGGCCUCUGCUGACAGGGUUGCCAUGAGGAAUAAGCUUCUCAAAAGUGGCAUGUCUCAUUCCUUUUCAACACAAGGGGAUAAGAAUAUCGUGAAGUUAUCGAAACUUACCGAAACCAAUAGAAGAUAUAGCGGACGAACCCCUGAAUCUCCUUCAAUCAAUCAGGGGGUGAUCACCCAGCUGUCGGAACAAAUUUCAACUCUGAAUGAAAGGAUGGAUGAGUUCACUUCCCAAAUCGAGGAGCUGGGUUCCAAGUUGAGUACGAAGAAGCUGCCUAUGAGUCAACAGAACUUGCCUCUCCAAGCAGAAGCUUGUAAUGGCUCUGUGCCGACCUCUUUGUUCGUGUCGAAUUUGGGUAACGGCACUUUGCUGCCCACUUCUUCAUCUUCCAACCAACUGAUCAAGGAAUCUCCAGUAAUGGAAGAGCUUAUGCUGAUAUCGCGAGGGCAGCGUCAGAUGAUGCAUCAGGUAGACAAUAUUAUCAACUUGCUCCACGACCACCUGGCCGAGACGAACCGUCAGAAGAGAAGUAACUAUGGAAACAGGUUGCUCGAUGUCGAUGCGCUCUCGAAUCCGCUCGUUCUCAUGCUUGCAAUUGGCGGGAUCGGGUUCUUCGUCUUCAAGGGCUUAUAUCGGAAUUGAAACCAACCGACGAGAAUCGAGCUCGACUUCUUACAGGAGCUCGACGUCUUCAAGGGCUUACAUUGGAGUCGCAUUCUGCAACAGCGCUGAUCCGAUCUGCGCUGAUCAGAUGAUGACGGCGCACUGACUUGGAUUCAUCAUAGGAACACUAUAUAGGCAAAGCCUUUAGAAAAGAUUCUUAAUUACAUUUCUUUCUCCAUAAAUGCCAUACUCUUUAUAUAACUGAGUGUAAAUAUUGGUAAAAAUUUUCGAAAUAAUCGCUUCUUCGAGGCGGUAUGAGCAAAAUUUUCUCUUAUUACAUUAGGUUUUUUUAGUUUUUUUAUUUAUUUA